AUGGGUCGCACAGAGGUUGAGAUACCCGUCGAAAGCCUUGACAGCAAAGAUGUCGGAGCAAAGAUUGAGAUGCUGGAAUCAGCAUCCUCGAGUUCUCAGGACUUGGGAUUCGAUUUGAAGGCUACGAAAAAGCUGAUCAGGAAGAUUGACUGGACACUUCUGCCCUUCCUGGCCCUUCUCUACCUUCUCAGCUUCCUCGACCGCACCAAUAUUGGCAAUGCCCGACUUGCUGGCCUAGAAAAGGAUCUGGGAAUGACAGGGUUGGACUACAAUGUAGCUCUGGCAAUCUUCUUCCCUUUCUAUGUCCUCGUCGAGCCUCUCUCCAAUCUCAUGAUGAAGCGGACACGGCCCUCGAUCUGGAUACCUUCUAUUAUGGUUGCAUGGGGAAUCUGCACAACUCUUAUGGGUCUCGUUCAGAACUUUACAGGUCUACUUAUCGCUCGUGCUGCUUUGGGCAUUGCGGAAGGAGGCCUGUUUCCUGGAGUGACCUUCUACAUCACCAUGUGGUACAAGCGUCAUGAAUGUGGUCUCAGGAUGGCUAUCUUUUUCUCUGCAGCUACAGCAGCGGGGGCAUUUGGCGGUCUCUUGGCCCGCGGAAUCAUCGAAAUGGACGGAGUUGGUGGGAAAUCUGGAUGGUCGUGGAUUUUCAUCCUCGAAGGCCUUUUGACACUGGCCAUUGCCAUCAUUGCCUUUUGGACCAUGAAUGAUUACCCUUCCACUGCAAAGUUCCUUACUCCGGAGGAGAGACACGAAGUAUCUCGACGCCUGGAACGAGAUCGCAGUUCCCUUGCCGACGAGUUCGACAUGAAAUACUGCCGCGAUGCUCUCAAGGAUUGGAAGAUCUGGGUUCACAUGUUCAUUACCAUUGGCAUUUAUACACCUUUGUAUUCCGUGUCCCUCUUCUUGCCAACAAUCGUCAAGACGCUAGGAUAUACGAACGAAACAGCGCAGCUCAUGACGGUCCCGCCGUACAUCGUGGCCUGCUUCUGCUGCAUCACGGGUGGUUAUGCGGCCGACAAGCUCAAGACUCGCGGACUUUUCAUGAUCGGCUUUAACUGCACCGCAUUGCUUGGACUGAUUCUCCUCAUUUCAUCCCAGAACCCCCAUGUCAAAUACGCUGGGUGCUUUUUCUUCGUGGCGGGAAUAUAUCCCAAUGUCCCUCAAGGUGUUGCUUGGAACGGCAAUAACAUUGGCGGCUCCCUCAAAAGAGCAGUGGGCAUAGCGAUGCACGUGGGUUUUGGUAAGUCUAGCCCUUUGCGGCCUGAACAGCAACACUCCUUACGCAAGCACGGCAUGACCCUGACGUUGUGCGCAAUUCUAGGCAACCUCGGUGGCGCCAUUGCUGGGUUCAUCUACCUGAGUUCCGACUCUCCCAAGUUCACCAAGGGCCACGCCAUCUUGAUCGCGAUGCUCACUGCCAGCACAUGCCUGCAGAUUUUCAUGACCACUUAUCUGCGACGCGAAAACGCCCGUCGCGAUCGCGAGUACAAACCCCUGGAUCAAUACACCGAGCAGGACAAGGCCGCAGAGAGGGAAAAGGGCGACGAUGCUACCUUCUUCCGCUACACCGUUUGA